AGCUGAGCUGAGGUGCAUGUAAACACUGAGUGAGGUGGCCAGGCAGCUGCUGCUGUCUCACACGCUGCUGCUGCUGUUACUGCUGUCUCUCUCACACGCUGCUGCUGUUACUGCUGUCUCUCUCACACGCUGCUGCUGUCUCACACACUCUGCUGCUACUGUUAGUACUGCAUGUGACCCACACAGCUACUACAGACAUCACUGAACCAACACAACUAGCCACACCACAACUCGUGCAGUCAUCAGGAGGAAGAUAAAACCCUCUUAGAUUGUACGUAUCCUGCAGAAGCUCUUAUUUUUUUGACAAUGUCGGCAACGUUCACUUGCUUGAGCUGUCGGGUGGCGUUCAUUGAUGGGGAUGGUCAGAGGGAUCACUUCCGCUCUGAUUGGCAUCGUUAUAAUCUGAAGAGGAAGGUGGCUGAGCUGCCCCCAGUGUCCAGAGAAGCCUUCAAUGACCUGGUCACCCAAGUCCAGAGUCUCAUCCAACAGCCAACAGGUGAUGCCCAGACAAAAAUACCUUGCAGACCGUGUAAGAAAACAUUUUCCAAUCAGAAUGCCUAUGAUAAUCAUAUCAAGUCAAAGAAACACAUGGAGGUGGUCAGUUCACGUGAAGAAGAAGCAAAGAACAAAAAGAACUUGUCUCAUCAUGCAAAUCAUAAGUUAGAAGAAGCUGAAGAAGAGGAAGACGAUGAUGAGGAUAUGGAGAUUGAGGAGAUAGAUAGUGAUGAAUGGGAGGGAGAAGCAGUGGAAUUGCUAGAUUGCCUGUUUUGUUCCCAUCAUGCCAACACGCUAGAGGAUGAAUUGCAUCACAUGACGGAAAAACAUUCUUUCUUCAUUCCAGACCUAGAAUAUUGUGUUGAUGUGGCUGGCCUCAUCACUUACCUUGGUGAAAAAAUUGGGUGCGGAUUCGAGUGUAUUGCAUGUAAGUGGACUGCUCGCCGCUCCCCAACAUUGGACUCCAUACGCAAACACAUUAUAGACAAGGGGCAUUGCAAAAUAGUACUUGAGGGUGAGACUUUGUUGGAGCUUGCUGAUUUCUAUGACUAUUCUUCAUCUUACCCAGAUGCAGGUGAGGGAGCAGCAAGUGAUGAGGAAGUACAGCAGGCAGUUAUACAAGGAGAUGGCUUUGAACUGGUACUGCCUUCUGGAGCUACCAUUGGCCAUCGGUCACUCUGCAGAUAUUAUCGGCAAAAGAUAGAUCCAAAUCGUCGAGCUGUUGUUGUUAAGAAGAAUGCCGGUACAGCUUUCCACAGUGUCAUGGCAAAAUAUCGGGCACUGGGCUGGAAUGGUGCUACAAGAGCAGACAUUGUGAGAAAAUCACGAGAUCUAAGGUUCAUGGUACAUGUACAGAGCAAGCACAACGUGAGGCUCGGGGUCAAGGCCAACAAGCUGUUUGUUAUGCGACCCCAAAACCCAGUUUAAGCAUCAUCUUCACGUGUAUGUCAUGUGAGGAUCAAGGAAUUAUACAGACCUUAGUUUACCAACCCCAUAGGCUCGAAGCCUAGAAUUGCUAUUAUCCCCAAAUCCCUUAUUAUAGGACCCCCAAUAACAGCACGAGUGCCUUAUAACAAUUAUUUUUGCAGCAUAAUCCUGGCUCUGGUUGGCAGCUUGAGGCCAUUAAUAUUUUUUCCUUGGGUUGAUACGUUUAUGAUUCAGGUCUUCAAAUUACAAAGGAGUUGCAUUCCACGUUUUUCAAUUUGCAGACGAGUUGCUUAUAUAGAAAACAAUAAUGCGGAGGAUCGUUAUGUUUCACACAUAUUUGUGCUACAACUCGAUAAUUGUAAACCUUUAAAAUGCACCAUUUGCAAUGUGAAUGUUUUUGUAAGUUGGGAUCCUCCUAUACUAUAGUGAUAAAUUUUGAUUUGUAUUGAGAGGUAUAUAGGGAUUUAUUAUUUUUUCUCUAUUUUGCACUCGAGUUGGGAUUGAGAGAUCCAUCGAUAGGGGCUUGAGGGAAGAGUUGGUUUAUCACAAUGCUAGGACUGCAAGUGUUUUUGAAUUAGAUUCACUUAAAGUGGAUGGUACUGCACUUUCCAAAAGAUUAUGCUGCUGUAGAGGCCCAUUCAAAUCCUCUUUGUUAAAAAUCACAAUAAUGUGAAAUUAAAGUUCGAUGUAUGAUAUACUCCUUAUAAUUGUGCAUGUAACCUUUUUUUUCUGCAUUCUGCAUAAACUGUUCAAUGUUUUGCAAUUAUACUAGGGCUGAGUUUUGCAGUGCUUUUUCUCAUAGAAGCAUAUGGUUGUGAUGGCUGUAGGCCUACAGGCCAAUGGCAGUAGCAGCCUGGCUUCUGGUCUGGCUUUGAGAGUAGAACUCUCAAAAUUGGUCACAGUUACUGUAUAUGUUACAGGCUAGCGUUGAUUAUAACUGGUUAUUAUAUUAUUUUAUUAUAUAUAAACUUUUAAAUUGUAUGAACUAUGAUAUUGUUGAGAGGUCAGGUCCCUCUCAAAUCCAACCCCUCUCACUAGUGGAAGUAGUCGAAGUUGAUUGCAGGUCUGUACCAAGAUACCCUUGUGUUGCAGU